GUGUGUGUUUUGUUGUGAAGAAGUGUGCGUGUGUGAUUUUUUGACAGUUCUGUGGGUGAAAAUUUUUGAGAGCUCGUACGUGAAAAAUUGCAUAAAGUUGGUGAAAAAUCGAGGAAAGUUGCAUUUUCGCAGGGGGAAAAUACACAGUGUGGCGAACGGGGUGUCCUGACCGUCGAUUGGCAUUGUCCAGGAGCGGGAUGGUGUAGCUGGUGGCGGUGAAAAGUGCAAAAAUCUUACGAGAUUGUUCCGGGGGGUUAUGGUGUGAAAAUUGUGGGUGGGAAAAUGCAGGAAAAUUCUUCAGAGAAGCGUCACUAGUCCGAAUAUUUUGCCAAGAGAACGAGAGAGAGAGAGCAGCAAAAAGAGGUAAAAGAGAGCUAAACGCGAGAGAGCUUCACAACACACCUGAGAAAGAAAAAGAAGUUCGCGCGAGACACAAAGAAGGUAUAAAAGGUAGAAAAUAUACAACACACAGUGAAAGUCGAACGAGGUGCGAAGACCCGGAAGAGAUUCGCCAGCAGGGGGGCCCCCGAAGGCAGCGAGAUGUGCGAGAUGGAGAAAUGGGUUUGCGAGUAUUGCACGUAUGCCAACUACCCAUCCGCCAUCAAGUGCACCAUGUGCAAGGGUCAGAAGCCGCUCCUCAACGAAGACAUCUUCCGGCUGAACCCGUCCCCACCACCCGGACACCUGGGCACCCUCAUUGAGUCCUCCACCCUCAGCUUGUCCAAUUCUAAUCUCACCAAUGCCGCCAGUGGGCCCUCGAGUGCUCAUGAGGCGCGGAACAAGUGGCACUGCGCCAUGUGCACGUACCAGAACUGGCCACGUGCCCAGCGGUGCACUCAGUGUCACACAAAGAGGGAUGCCGACGUGCACAAUAUGCAGGAGCACCUCAAGACACUCAGCAUCCGUCGCUCAGAUCCCGAUCUGAUGGCCAGCAAUCGCUCCAGUCCCUUCGGCUCAGCCACCAACCUUUCCGGAUCACGGGCCAAUCUUUCCGGGAAUGCAGCUGCUGCUCGGGUGAGUCCCAGUGAGGGUCGCCAAGCUCAGGCCCUGGCGGCGGCCAAAUGGCAAUGUGCGUGGUGUACGUUUGAGAAUUGGCCCAAGAGUCUCAAGUGCUCAAUGUGUGCCCGUUCGCGGGACAGCCAAGCAGCCACCCCACCGCCGGAGCAUGCACAGGCAACGCUGGUGUCUCCGCAGAGCCCCCUGGGUGCCCUCCCAGCGUCCCCGGAUCGAGAUCUCAGUGCCGACGAGAGCGCCGCGACGAAUGUGGUGGGAAAGAGGAGUCAGCAGCGCUCCAUGGAAGCCUCGAAUAAUUGCGACGCGCACCAGGAGCGACGUCUGCGGCAGCUGCGACGUCAGGCCGAUUGGAAUUGGCUCAAUGCCUGCAUGGGUGUGGUGGAGAAUAACAUUGGCGCCGUUGAGACGUACCUGGCGUGCGGUGGGAAUCCCGGGAGAUCGCUGACGAUCAACGAAGUAAGCCUCCUCAAUAGGAAUUCCGCCUUCGAUGUGGGCCACACGCUAAUUCAUCUCGCCAUACGCUUCCAUCGCGAAGAGAUGCUCCCCAUGCUGCUGGCACAGAUCUCCGGAUCGGGGCCGGGAAUAAAGCGUGUUCCGUCGUAUGUGGCACCGGAUUUGGCGGCGGAUAUUCGGCGGCAUUUUGCAGCAUUCCUGCGGAUACGCAAGGGUGCCUUCAGCUGCCACUAUGUGAAUGAACAUGCGACCUUUGCACUGCCAGCAGAGAUUGAGGAGCUGCCACUGGCCAUACAGGAGCAACUGUUCGAUGAGCUCCUCGAUCGGGAUGCCCAGAAGCAAUUGGAGAAUCCACCGCCAGCGCUAAAUUGGUCUCUGGAGAUUACAGCACGUCUCGGAUCGCGGCUAAUGGUGCUGUGGAAUCGUAGUGCUGGUGAUUGCUUGCUCGAUUCCGCCAUGCAAGCCACCUGGGGUGUCUUUGAUCGCGAUAACGUCCUCAGGAGGGCCCUCGCCGACAGUCUACACCAGUGUGGGCACCUAUUCUAUCCCCGCUGGAAGGAGUAUGAGAUGAUUCAGGCGUCCCUGCUGCACUUUACACUCGCAGAGGCACAAUGGGAGGAAGAUUGGAAUACCCUGCUGUCGCUGGCGAGUCAGCCGGGUUCUUCCCUUGAGCAGCUGCAUAUCUUUGCUCUGGCACACAUCCUCCGACGUCCCAUCAUUGUUUACGGUGUGAAGUAUGUUAAGAGCUUCCGUGGCGAGGAUAUUGGGUAUGCGCGAUUCGAAGGGCUCUAUUUGCCAUUCUUGUGGGAACAAAGCUUCUGCAUUCGAUCCCCAAUCUCAUUGGGCUACACACGGGGUCAUUUUAGUGCACUCGUCCCAACGGAGGCGUAUUCCAGAAUUGAGGGGGCGCGUGACGAUGCGGAGGACGUGACAUUUCUGCCGCUUAUGGAUUGCGAAAUGAAGCUCCUACCAAUUCAUUUCCUCACGGAAGCUGAGAUGGGCCGAGAGGAGGCGAUAAUGCGACAAUGGUUGGAUGUCUGCAUAACCGAAGGGGGCCUCAUGGUGGCACAGCAGAGGCUCCACAAACGUCCUUUGCUCGUCGCGCAAAUGCUCGAGGAGUGGCUCAACCACUACCGCCGAAUUGCGCAAGUUAUUUCCGCACCAUUUGCACGCCGACCGCAGCUUACCGGAUAUCUCAGCGAUGGCGAUACGGAUGAGGAGUAGUAAGUAGCAGCAGCAAAAAAAAAAAAGAUUCACUUCACAAACACUCUUUUUCCUUUCUUUGCGAUUUAAAUAAAUAAAAAAAAAUGAAUAUUUACGAGAGGCGCUAUUAAAAUGCAGAAAAUAAGAAGAAAAAAAAUUAAUAAAUGUAGUCACACGAGAGGUUUAAACAAACAAAAAAAUGUAAAAUGUUGCAAAUCAAUUUAUUUGAAAAAAAAUGAAGACACACACACUUAAGAGUUUUAACCAAAUAUUUAACAAAUAAUCAACUUUAAAGAAAAAAAAAUGAAAAUAAACGAAAGUAUAUAUAUAUUUAGGAUGAUCAAUUUAAAAUGAAUGAAAAGGAAAAAAAUAUAUAAAGAAUGUAGUAUUUUUAAAAAAGAAAAUUACAAAAAAUAGAAAGUCUCGAAAAGAAAAAAAUCUUUACUUAAUUCUCUGCAAUUUAUUAUUAAAUUAAAUUUAAACAAAAAAUAAAGAAAUUAUUUACUUUUCAACAACAAAAAAAAGGGUGGAUGAAAAUCUUUGAAAAAAAAAACUACAAAUUUGUGUGAUAAAUCAUACCUUAUUAUGAAUUAUUAUAUUAUUAUUUUUAGGUGAAGAAAAAACCAACACUUUAUUAUGGAAAAAAAAAUUAAAAUAAAUUUAAAAUUAUUGUGGAGAAGAGGCAAACGCAAAAUCCAAGAUUUAACAACACACUUAUUAAUAUAGAUAGAUAGACGUUUUGUUUCUGAGUUUCUCGCUUUUGAAAAAUUUUAUGAAAAUUUAAAUUAAAAUAAAAAAUGAAAAACUGCAAAACAGUACAAAACGUGGUAAAAAAAAUUGAGGAAUAAAAAAUAAAUUAUUGAGGGUGGAAAGAUCGUGGCGAAAAAAAAAACAAAAAAAAAUGUUACGGGCUGUUAAAUCACAAUUUGGAAAAACGAAUGGGGAGGUGCGCAGUGAAAAAAAAAAUGUAAUAAAAAAAAAAUAAAGUAACUAUGGAAGAAUAAA